AUGCCUGCAUUAAUGGAUAUUGUAAUACCCAACUUGGACUUUCUCUGGUCCACGAAGUUCUGGGCAGUUUUCCACGCGAUCCUCUGGAUUCAUCGCUACCUACGCCUCCUUGUGCACUGCGUCAGUCACUGGACUUACAAGUCUAAGCAGCCAAACUGGGAGAAGCCGAGGUACACAUCCCAAGAUGUUACCGUAGUCAUCCCUACAAUCCAUAACCGCCCCGAGGAGCUGCGGCCCUCGCUCGAGAGCAUCCUGGCCUGCAAACCGGCUAAGCUAGUGCUCGUCACCACGUGGAACAAGCAUGACGCGCUGAGCCGGGUCGCUGCGACCCUCCGGAUGCCUGAUGCCGUGUCUCCGGUCGAGAUCGACGUGCUCCAUGUGGACAAGGCGAACAAGCGUCUGCAGGUCUGCAAGGCGCUGGAAGACGAUCACGUCAAGACGGCUAUCACGGUCAUGGCCGACGACGACGUGGAGUGGCCAUCUACUCUGAUGCCCUGGCUCCUCGCGCCGUUUGAGGACGACAAGAUGGGCGGGGUUGGGACGUGCCAGAGGGUGAAGCGCGUCACCGACGGAGACGCCACGACGCGCAUUUUCAACUGGCUAGGAGCCGCCUACAUUGAGCGGCGCAACUUUGAGAUAUCGGCGACGCACAACAUGGACGGCGGGACAUCGUGCAUGUCCGGGCGCACGGGCGCCUACCGGACCGAGAUCCUCAAGAGCUACGACUUCCUGGGGAACUUCAAGAAUGAGAAGUGGGGAAGGUACAUCCUCAAUGCCGACGACGACAACUUUGUGACUCGGUGGCUGGUGGCUCACCAGUGGAAGACUUGGAUACAGUACGAGCCCGAGUGCGAGAUCGAGACGACGCUCGAGAACAGCACCAAGUUCCUCUACCAGUGCUCUCGCUGGGCAAGGAGCAACUGGCGGAGCAACUGGACCAGUCUCGUACGCGAGAGACACGUGUGGAGGCAACAGCCCUGGUGCACAUAUGCGCUGCACUUCGCCACCUUCACUUCACUGGCGUUUCUGGUCGACCCACUCUUGCUCUUCUCGUGCUGGUGGGGUACGGAGAACUGGGAGCCCAGGAACCGGUACCUCCUGCUGGGAGCCGAGAUCGCCUUCAUGUUUGGCUUUACCAAAGUAGUGAAACUGGUUGGGCUGUUUCGCAAGAACCCGAGUGACAUCAUGUUCCUGCCCGUGUCCAUCCUGUUUGGCUACUUCCACGGCCUGAUCAAGCUGUGGGCUCUUUUUACGCUCAAGGAGACGUCAUGGGGCAGCCGUGAGGACGGCGAUGAGCACAACACGUUCCGCCUGCAGGAGAAACCGCCUCGCAGCCAGAACAUGGCGACGCCGCCCUACGGACCAGACCUACCUAAGGCGAUACAGCAUUCUCGGUUCUCGCAGGCCCGCCGCGUGGCCAUGGCGCAAUCGCAGAAGCACGAGUUCAUUCGAUGUACCAUGACGGCGGACGUCGUCUACCCACAAGCCACUCAACCUCCGAUACGUCAAUAG